GUCAGUCACCAUGGUGGCAUACAACAGAGCAGAGCGGCGGCGGCUCUAUCUUCACUUUUAGCUCCAUCAAAAUGCAAACAUAGUAGAUUUUCUCAGUGAGAGGACGGGAGUCUUCCUCUGAUAAUGGGCGUGAGCUGGUUGCUGACGGGUUAGCCGCUUGCUAUUUCCUCACUUUUUUGUUUGCUGGAUCCUUACAUGGAAUUUCUCCCCCGUCGCUAGCAGAGCAGAAUGCUGAAGAGACAAGGAAUGGCUUUAAUGAACGCUGGCUUGAAUAAAGGGACAACACUUUUUACGCUAAGAAAAUAACUCUUAAGAGGGGGAGUUUGACCGGCGCUUUUAAAGGAAGUUUCCUCCCCGGUGGGGACCGGUGUUGGCAGCCGGAUUCGGCACGGGCAGCAGAAAGACAGACACCCUGAGGAGACUGCUCGGCUGUCUGGCUCCAGUCGUGGCCUGGCUCAGGGCACUCCCAGCUUACCCGCUAGCAUCUGAGCACAGGCGACGAGAAUAAAGCAAGACAAUAGGGGGACUUGUUUUGUAUAUAUCCUGCCCCUGGAUAGAGGUAAUUUUAAGGAUAAGGAAUUCCACAUCCUCUAGACGGCUUCUUCCAAAACAAUGGCGUCUUACGUGGAUAACAGCUUUCGGCAGGCUGUGAUGAAGAAUCCGGCUGAACGGACGCAACAGGACCUGGAGAUCGUCUACUCUUAUCUCCAUGGGAUGGAAGCCUUAUCCAACCUGCGAGAGCACCAGUUGAGGAUCAUGUGUGAGACGGUGCGUUAUGAGAGACAUGAGGCCAAUGAAGUGCUAUACUACCCUGAUGACAUAGGAAGCUGCUGGUACAUCCUGUUGUCUGGCUCAGUUUUCAUCAAAGAAUCCAUGUUCCUGCCCAGAAGCAGUUUUGGGAAGCGAUCAGCUGGCAGCCUUCGACGUGGAUGUGAGUGCAUCGUCCUGGAACCAUCAGAGAUGAUUGUGGUGGACUAUAUGGAUGAAAAUGAGGAGUACUUUCAGCGACAAGCCUCGCACAGACAGUCCCGUCGGCGCUUUCGGAAGAUCAACCAGAAAGGGGAGAGACAAACAAUCAUCGACACCGUGGAUCCGUACCCUACAGGAAAGCCACCCAUAGCCCGCGGGUACCACACGGAAUGCAAUAAACCCCAGCUCCCCGCAGACUUCAGCAGACUUCACCUGGCCGACGGCUUACACCCACAGGUGACCCACGUCUCCUCAAGCCACUCAGGAUGUAGUAUCACCAGCGACUCUGGAAGCAGCAGCCUGUCAGACAUUUACCAGGCCACAGAAAACGAACCAGGUGACAUGGACCUGAGUGGCCUGCCAGAGACCGCUGUGGACUCUGAGGAGGACGACGAUGAAGAGGACAUCGAGCGAGCGUCCGACCCCCUCAUGAGUCGGGACAUUGUGCGGGACUGUCUGGAGAAGGACCCCAUGGACAGGACCGACGAUGACAUAGAGCAAUUACUGGAGUUCAUGCAUCAACUGCCAGCAUUUGCCAACAUGACCAUGUCAGUGAGGAGGGAACUCUGCGCUGUCAUGGUUUUCGCUGUGGUCGAACGCGCCGGCACCAUCGUUCUCAAUGAUGGAGAAGAGCUGGACUCAUGGUCGGUGAUCCUGAACGGUUCGGUGGAGGUGACGUACCCUGACAGCCGGACAGAAAUCCUGUGCAUGGGAAAUAGUUUUGGGGUGUCACCAACCAUGGAGAAAGAAUACAUGAAAGGUGUCAUGAAGACCAAAGUAGACGACUGCCAGUUUGUGUGUAUAGCCCAGCAGGACUACUGCUGCAUCCUCAACCAGGUGGAGAAGAACAUGCAGAAGGUUGAGGAGGAAGGAGAAAUUGUUAUGGUGAAGGAACACCGUGAACUCGACCGCACCGGCACCAGGAAAGGGCACAUUGUCAUCAAGGGCACACCGGAGCGUCUCACCAUGCACCUCGUAGAGGAGCACUCAGUAGUGGACCCUACAUACAUCGAGGACUUCCUGUUGACCUACAGGACCUUCCUCUCAAGCCCCAUGGUCGUGGGCAAGAAGCUCCUGGAGUGGUUCCACGACCCAAGUCUCAGGGACAAGGUUACACGGGUAGUCUUGCUGUGGGUAAACAAUCACUUCAAUGACUUUGAAGGUGACCCUGCCAUGACUCGCUUUCUGGAAGAGUUUGAAAACAAUCUGGAAAAAGAAAAAAUGUGUGGGCACCUAAGACUGUUAAACAUAGCAUGUGCUGCUAAAGCCAAGCCACGGCUGGUGACACUAACCAAGCCGUCCAGGGACUCUCCACUGGCAUUCAGCCUUCUCGGAGGUCAGGAGAAAGGUUUCCGCAUCUUCAUCGAUGCUGUGGAGCCUGGAAGCAAAGCAGCAGAAGCUGGCCUUAAGCGUGGAGAUCAAAUCUUGGAGGUCAAUGGACAGAAUUUUGAGAAUGUCCAGCUCAGCAAAGCCAAUGAGAUUCUGAAGAACAACACCCAUUUGUCCAUAACUGUGAAGACAAACCUUUUAGUGUUUAAAGAGCUGCUAACAAGGCCAGAACAUGACCAUGAUUUGGAUUGUGAGGAGGAACAUGAUCGAAAGAACGGGGCACCCCACCUUCCAAAGAUUGGGGACAUUAAGAAAGCCAGUCGCUACUCGAUCCCCGACCUGGCGGUGGAUGUGGAGCAGGUGAUGAGUCUGGAAAAGGUCAGCAAGAAAGCAAAGACCAACACAGUGGGAGGACGCAACAAGCUGAAGAAGAUCUUUGAUAAGACGCUCACGAGCAUCCUGCCCCCUAAACCGUACAACGACGUUUGCGUGGGCCAAUCACAGGAUGACAGCAUAGUGGGAAUGAAGCAGUCCAAACAGAUCCCACCAGCUCUGCCAGUCAGCGGAAACCUCUCGUCGUCAAACCCAGACCUCCUGCAGUCACACCACCGCAUCCUCGACUUCAACAACCAGCCUGAUAUGUCAGACCAGGUGUUGCGAGUCUUCAAGGCGGACCAGCAGUCUCGGUAUAUUAUGAUCGGGAAGGACACAACCGCUAAAGAAGUGGUGGCCCAGGCUAUCAGGGAGUUCGCCCUGACUGCUGCACCGGAGGCUUAUUCGCUGUGCGAGGUGUCUGUCACACCUGAGGGCGUCAUCAAGCAGAGACGUUUACCUGAUCAGCUUUCUAAGCUAGCCGACAGGAUUCAGCUGAGCGGCAGAUACUACCUAAAGAGCAACAUGGAGACAGAGACGUUAUGUUCCGAUGAGGAUGCCCAGGACCUCCUUCGAGAAGGACAGAUUUCUUUGUUACAGCUCAGCACCGUGGAGGUGGCCACGCAGCUCUCCAUGCGGGCCUUUGAACUUUUCUGCGCCAUCGAGCCCACCGAAUACAUCGAUGACCUUUUCAAGCUGCGCUCAAAGACUGGCUCUGUCAGCCUCAAGCGCUUCGAGGAGGCAAUUAACCACGAGACCUUCUGGGUGGCCACUGAGGUUACGCGGGAACCGAACCAGCUCAAACGCAUGAAGAUCAUCAAGCACUUCAUCAAGAUAGCCCUGCACUGUCGCGAGUGCAAGAACUUUAGCUCCAUGUUCGCAAUCAUCAGUGGUCUGAACCUGGCUCCAGUCUCCAGGCUAAGAGGCACAUGGGAGAAGUUGCCAAGCAAAUAUGAGAAACUGUUCGGGGACCUGCAGGACCUCUUCGACCCUUCAAGAAAUAUGGCCAAGUACAGGAAUGUCCUCAGCAAUCAAAACCUCCAGCCACCAAUCAUCCCCCUGUUCCCUGUCAUCAAGAAGGACCUCACCUUUCUACAUGAAGGCAAUGACUCUAAAGUGGACGGCCUGGUGAACUUUGAAAAGCUGCGGAUGAUUGCCAAAGAAAUUCGCCAUGUUGGUCGCAUGGCGUCUGUCAACAUGGACCCAGCCCUUAUGUUCCGAACAAGGAAGAAGAAAUGGAGAAGUUUAGGCAGGUCGCUAAGUCAGGGUAGCGCCAACGCCGCCGUGCUUGACGUCACACAGACAGGUGGGCACAAGAAGCGAGUGCGACGCAGUUCCUUCCUAAACGCCAAAAAGCUUUACGAGGAUGCCCAGAUGGCUAGGAAGGUCAAACAGUACCUGUCCAACCUCAGCCUGGAAACGAAUGAGGAGAGUCUUCAGACACUCUCCCUACAGUGUGAACCCUCCAUUAGCACAUUGCCCAAAAAUGCAGGUGGGAAACGACCAGACACUUCUCCAGUUGUGCCCAGAGCUGCAAGUCAACAAAGGGGUCAGCUGGCCAAAGGAAACCAGGCUCUCCAGGUCCCCGCUGUGGCCCUUUACCCAUCUCGAAAGAAAGUGCAAGUCAAGGAUCUGCCACCAUUCGGCACCAGUUCCCCGCAGUCUCUGAAGAAGAUCCUCGCUCUUUCAGAGGAAGGGAGCGAAAGACACCGGAGGCAGCCAGAGGACACCAUGUCCAAUGCCUCCUCCCAGCUCUCCUCCCCUCCCACCUCCCCCCAGAGCUCGCCCAAGAAGGGUUACAACAGGAUGGGAGACACCUACUCAGACUCUGGUCACAGUGAGAUCUCCUCUCGCUCCAGUCUUGUUAGUAACUCCUCUUUCGACAUGGCCCAGGAGGAGAGGAGACUUCGUCACUCCGGAGUAGUCGGGGAUUCUCACAUCGGAGGAUCAAGGCUGGAACGAAGAGCCACAACUGACCCCGAUCAGUACAGUCUUGGGUCAUAUUCAUCAAUGCAGGACUGUCGGGGCAUUUAUGCUGGCGGCCAUACAGUACUCUCCUCACCCAGUUCAGAGGAACUGACUCAGGAUCAGGGAGACCGCGUUUCCCUCGAUGCUGCAGACAGCGGCCGCGGUUCUUGGACGUCCUGUUCCUCUGGCUCCCACGACAAUAUCCAGACCAUGCAGCAAGGACGUAGUUGGGAAACUUUGGCCUUUGGCGGUGGUGGAAGUGGAGGCGGCAUUGGAGGGCUCCCUCCUGGCGGGCCAGAUGCCUUAUUAGGGGGAUCAGCUGCACUGUGGGCAGCACAGGCAAGGGGGAGCUGGGCAUCUGCCAGCUCCUCCUCGUCCUCAGCAGCAUACUGGGGGGAGGACUCCGAGGGGGAUACCGGCACCAUAAAGAGGAGAGGAGGAAAGGACGUCAGCACCGACCCAGAAACAAGUAGCAUCACAUCCACCGGGUCAGAGGAGGCAAAGCAGCUCGGCCGACCAUCUCCAUCACCCAUCACCGUCGGAAAUAAAGGCGGCCUUUCCCGAAAAGAGGGCCGUUACCGUGAGCCUCCCCCGACUCCCCCCGGCUACACUGCCUUGACCAUCUCCGACCUCGCUGAGGGACAGCACUCAGCCCAGUCUGUUCCCACGUCCACAGCGACCCACUCAGGCCGGCGGCCACCAGACUACACUACGGCUCUGCAGCGCUCGCGCAUGGUCACCCAGUCGCCCGACUCCCACCAGGCCCACCAGGGGGCCAAGCACCGGGCAGGCGGCCUCCACCGCACUCGCUCACCUGCCGAGGAGCAAGAGCCUGAAGAGGAAGAGGAGGGUGAGUCCUUGUCUUCCAAACUAGUCGCUCUGAGGAAGCCAGUGGCACAGCAUACACCAGAGACUCCCAGACCAUGACAGUGUGUGUACGGGGGUUAACAGGCAGGGCCCGACUCCCCAAGGCAGAGGAUGAACAGGUGUCAGCGGUUUGAGGGACAACAGUGGACAUCUUUUUGCAGUAACUUGAAGUGCCCCUUGUUCAGGGUGGGCAGGAUUAAAGAGACAGGCAAACAGACUCAUCCGUGACAUAACGUGCCUGCCUCCUCCACUUGAUUCUCCCUCCUUAUUGGUGGAUUCCUCUGCUCAUCUCCCUCCUCCGCCUUAAAGCAUCAUGGAGGGUUGAAUGACCCUGCAUGCAAAAAAAAAAAAGAAAAAAAAAGGAUAAAAAUACUGUGAAGAAGAGAUGGAGAGAAGGUCAAAGACGAUUUAAAAAAAUGCCUGGCACUUUGGAAAAAAUAAGACUGCAGAACCCUGACUGGCACUGGGUUUUGGGGGGCUUCACCCUAGCCACAGACACACAAAACCACAUAAAUAUUACUGUUACAAACAGGACUGACUUCUUAAGACUGCCCCCCACCACCACCGCCGCCGCCACCAAUAACAAAAUCCCAGACCUUGCUGUUGACACCACAGCAUCAUGACGUGUUGAGCUUCAUCUGCACUUUCUCAUUUUCUACUUUCUAAAAAAAAAAACAAAAACAACAAAAAAACAACCCAAGAACAAAUAAAACAACAAAACAGACUAAUGCUGAAGACGGAGAGAAACGACGGUUGACUUGACUCUUAAUUUUCAACUUCCCACUAGAUUUUUUUUUUUUUUUGUUUGUUUGUUUGUUUGAGUUUUGUUUCUUUGAUUGCACUCUGGGGGACCGAAAAGAGAAAUCAAGUCAGCCCAUAAUUUCUCUGCCUGGACUGAAAUGACCCAUCUGUUGCUGAGGGUUUGAACUCUGAAUCCAGUAUUAUCUCAUGUCACAUAUGAAAGCUAAUCACUUGUUGGUUUAAAUCAAAGAGCUAGGAGGAGGACUCAGGUGGGAGAACCAACGUGCACACAUACACAAACAGACAGAGACACACACACAAUACAUUUUGCAUACCCAAGCAUAAACAAAAUCACAGUUUAAUUCAAAAGCUAGCACUUUCAGCACAAUAUCAGAUUUUACCAGAUGCUUGCCGCCACCCCCCCCACACCCCCGGAUACCAGGGUAUGAGUGAAGCAUAUCAGCAGAGUGUGUCUGGUUAUAUCUCAGUCUUUGUAUCAUCUAGUUGCUUUGUUUUACACUGAGACUUUUGAUGGCGAUUAUAGGAAAAAGCACAGAGAUGACCCACUGGGAAUCACAUGAGGCUUAACGGUGUUGGUCUCUACAGUGCAUCAGAGGCACACAAGCGAGCUAAAGCGAGAAAUCUAAGAAUCAUAGUACAAACUGUGAGCAGCAAUCGAGCACUAAUAUUAGAAAAGUUGCCUUUCAUUCCUUUAUUCUUACUGAUGAAAGGAUCACAGACCAGCAGCAGGGCUGAUUUUGUUUUAAAAGCUGCCAGUGUGAAUCUACCUUUGCAACAUGAUCUUGUAAUAGUCUUAAUAUACACCCAUUUCCCUCCCAAAUGAAAAUAUCCACUAAUUCAGAUUUGGCUUCUUCCCGACACAAACACACGCCACAUCUCAUGAAUGUCCAAGCGCCUUAUGAUGCCAUGAUUGCAAACAUUUCAUUCGGCGGUUGUCCCCAAUGUGAAUCACCUUGUUUCAAGAGCAAGCCUUGAAUCAAGCAAUAGUGGAAUGAAAUGCCUUAUUCAAGAUACUUCCCCUGGCUUUUUUUUUUUUUUUGUUGUUGUUGUUUUAUUUUGUGUGUGUGUUUUGGGUUUUUUUUAAUAUAUAUAUAUAUAAAGACUCAGUAGAACCAGGAAGUCGGGCAUUUUUUUUUGGUUUUGUUUGUGGCUUCAGGUGGUUUUACCAGACUGUGUUACAGUAUAGUAGAUCUUUUUGUCUCGGCAUAGAGCGACCCUGCCUCCCUCCCUCUGUUGUCGUGCUACCAGAUACAUCCUCAGAAACUCUCCUCAUCUGUUACAGACAUCAGCUCAGUGGAUGCUGUGUGUAUAUCGCUAAUGCCUGCGUCCAGUUUUACAUCAUAUCUCAGCAUCAAUGGAAGCGACUGAAAGUUUUGAUCUUUUUUUUCUUUGACUCCGGUGAGGUAGUUGACAAAUGAAGUACUUUUGUUUUGUUUUUAAUCCAAGGCUGCCAAUUUAAACGGUUAAGAAUCCACUUGUGAAACGUAAACUUUUUGUUGUUCUUCAGAGUGGCACUGAUCACAUUGAUCAGUCUUUGAAUGAGUGCAGUGUUUUCCACUGUGUUCUGUGACUUCGCUCUAAUCAUUUUUUUUCCUAGGGUCUCUUUUGUUGUAUUUCUUUUUUUUGUAAUGGUUGCAGAUGGAUUGUUAAUAAUUUGUUUGUAAUACAGUGGUGACAUGCAUCAUUCACUUUCAUUCAACUCUGAAGAUAAUGUGCAUAUUAGCGGGCCGAGUCCUAGUUCGAAAAACAAAACGUUGCACAACAAUGUACAAGCGUAAAGAUAAGUGUAGUAGGUAGAACUGCUACUCCGUUUGAUGUGUGAUGUCAGUGAGAAAUGUACAUUUAGCUGGUGAUGAUCUUCUUUUCUUCAUUCUUUCUUGUACUACUUUGACCUGUAUGUCUUUUAAAAAGACAAUUGGUGGAGUACGUAUCGGUUGUUUUUUGUAUUUUUAAUACAAUAAUUGUAAAUAUUGGUUAUAUUUUUGUUCAAAUGUACUAUGUUUAUGCCUCAACAUCCAGUUUAUAUGAAGCUGGGAAUCAAUAAAACUGCAUAAAGAAUCAACACUUAGGUUUAAAUUCACUUAUUCAUUUCUUCUGCAUUUAGAUGUCUUUCUUUUUAUUUUUCUUUCUAAGGAUUUUUUUUUUCCCCUUUUGUCUCCAGAUGCCGUCUAGUGUUUGCACAAGUCAUGGAAGCAACUUGAAAAGUGUAACGCUCAUCCUUUUCUAUCUGACCACAGAGUGUCAGAGUUAAUAAAAGAGAUAUUGAAGUCUC